AUGAGGGCCUUUACGGGGAAAGAAAAAAAAAAAAAAAGGAGGGGGGGGGCCCAACCCCUCACCAAGACCAACAGCACAGAUAAGGGCCUACAUUUAGAGAACAAGGGGGGGGGGGGGGGGGGCCCCGCCUCUUCAAGACCAACGCACCCAAAUAAGGCCUACGGGAAAGGAGACGAGGGAGGGGGGGGCCCCACGCCUCCCCAAGCCAAACCCGCAUCAGAAGAGGGCCCCAAGGUAAGAGAAAAGGGGAGGGGGGGGCCCAAACCCUCCCCAAAGACCGCCCGCAUCAAAGAUGGCCUCCCGGUAGAGGACGAGGGAGGGGGGGGCGCCACGCCCCCAAGACCGACAGAUCAAAAGGAGGGCCCUUUCCCAGGAGAGAGACAGGGGGGAGGGGGCCAGGGCCUCACCAAGACCAGCACCCUCAGAAGGGGCCUACAGGUAGAGAGACAAAAAAAAAGGGGAGGGGGGGGGCCACCCCACAAAAACCAGACGCAUCAAUAGGGGCCCCAAGGUAAGAGACAGGGGAGGGGCCCCCACGCCCCCCAAAGGACCAACAGCUCAGUUUAGGGCCCACAGGUAAAAAAGAGAAGAUGGAGGGGGGGGGGCCUCGCCUACCAAGCCCAGACGAAAUAAAUUUUGGGUUUCCCUACGGGUAAGGGGGAACGAGGGGGGGGCGCCCCCCUAACCAAGCCCAGACAGAUAGAAGAGGGCCCAACGGGUAGAAGCCCGGGGGGGGGGGGGGGCCAAACCCCUCACCAAGCCCCAACAGCUCAGAUAGAGGGCCUACAGGUAGAGAGAAGAGGGGGGGGGGGGGGGGCCCCCACGCCUCACCAAAAACCAGACGAAAUCAGAUAGAUGGCCUCCCGGUAGAAGACAGAGGGGGGGGGCCCCACGCCUCCAAAACCCAACCCGCAUCAGAUGGGAGGGCCUACAGGUAGAGAGACAGAGGGGGGGGGGGGGGGCCACCCUCCCCAAGCCCAACACAUCAGAUGUUUGGCCAACAUUUUAGGAGACGGGGGGGAAAGGGGGGGCCCAGCCUACCAAGACCAACAGCAUCAAAGGGGCCCUUUACGGUAAGGGGCCCAAGGGGGGGGGGGGGCCCAAAGCCUCCCCAAGCCCGACAGCAUCCAAAAGGGGGGGGGCCUAAGGUAGAGAAAAGGGGAAAAAGGGGGGGGGGCGCCACCCCUCCCCAAGCCCAGACACACAGAAAUGGCCUACUUUUUAAGAGACAGAGGGAGGGAGGGGCCCCCACGCCUCCCAGGACCGGGACAGCUCAAUGAGGGCCCUCGGGUAGGGGAAGAAGGGGGGGGGGCCCCAAAGCCCCCCAAAGACCAGAAGCAUAAUAGACCCUUUAAGGGUAGAAGACAGGGGGAGGGGCGCGUUUCUUUUAAAGUACAUUCAGCUCUUGCAAAACUAAAGGAAAAUUUUUGAAACACGGGGCCCGCGAAAGUUUAAAAAUUUUUUGAUAUUUUUUUUUUUUUUUCCGGGUCAUUUUUUUUUUUGGGGGUGGGGGGGGGUUUGGGUUUCCCUUGGCCCCAUGACAUCACUGCAACCUGCAUUCAAAAAACUCCCCUAGAGUGGGGAAGACUGGAUACGGGACACCUCAAUGUAGGGAAAAAUGGAAAAUGGGACUCCCCUCAAUAGAGGGAAAAACGGGAUACUGAGACUACCCAAUAGUGGGGAAGAUUGGAUCUGGGCCCUCCCUAAAUGGGGGGAAACCCCCUGGAUAUGAGCUACCUCAAUAGUAGGGAAGACUGGAUACUGAGACUACCUCAAUAGUAGGGAAGACUGGAUACUGGGACUACCUCAAUAGUAGGGAAGACUGGAUACUGAGACUACCUCAAUAGUAGGGAAGACUGGAUACUGAGACUACCUCAAUAGUAGGGAAGACUGGAUACUGAGACUACCUCAAUAGUAGGGAAGACUGGAUACUGAGACUACCUCAAUCAUCUCAACUGGAACGACCAUCUCAGUAACGGGUGCAAUAAAUCCAACCGCUAACAGAUUGGAUUAGUUUAGAAAACUGUUAUGUUAUUUAUCUUUGUGUAGCAUCAAAUUAAUCAACCAAUCAAUAUAUAUUGAUAUACAAAUAGCCGACCAAUCAGCCUGUUACCAACUCACAGGAAACUUUUGGAAAGAAUUGUGUUUGACCAGAUACAUUGCUAUUUUAUAGUAAAUAAAUUAACAACAGACUUUCAGCACGCUUAUAGGGAAGGGCAUUCAACAUGCACGGCAGACUGAUGUUUGGCUGAGAGAAAUGGAUAAUAAAAAUAUUGUGGGGGCUGUUUUGUUAGACUUCAGUGCGGCUUUUGACAUUAUCGAUCAUAGUCUGCUGAUGGAAAAACGUAUGCAGUGCCUUCGGAAAGUAUUCACACCCCUUGACUUUUUCCAUAUUUUGUUACGUAACAGCCUUAUUCUAAAAUGGAUUAAAUUAAUGUUUUUCCUCAUCAAUCUACAUACAAUACCCCAUAAUGACAAAGCGAAAACAGGUUUAAAAAAUGUAUUAAGAAUAAAAAACUGAAAUACCUUAUUUACAUAAGUAUUCAGACUCUUUGCUAUGAGACUCGAAAUUGAGCUCAUGUGCAUCCUGUUUCCAUUGAUUAACCUUGAGAUGUUUCUACAACUUGAUUGGAGUCCACUUGUGGUAAAUUAAAUUGAUUGGACAUGAUUUGGAAAAGCACACACCUGUCUAUAUAAGGUCGUACAGUUGACAGUGCAUGUCAGAGAAAAAAACCAAGUCGUGAGGUCGAAGGAAUUGUCUGUAGAUCUCCGAGACAGGAUUGUGUCGGGGCACAGAUCUGGGGAAGGGUACAAAAAAAUGUCUGCAGUAUUGAAGGUCCCCAAGAACACAGUGGCCUCCAUCAUUCUUAAAUGGAAGUUUGGAACCACCAAGACUCUUCCUAGAGCUGGCCUCCCGGCCAAACUGAGCAAUCGGGGGAGAAGGGCCUUGGUCAGGGAGGUGACCAAGAACCCGAUGGUCACUCUGAUAGAGCUCCAGAGUUCCUCUGUGGAGAUGGGAGAACCUUCCAGAAGGACAACCAUCUCUGCAGCACUCCACCAAUCAGGCCUUUAUGGUAGAGUGGCCAGACGGAAGCCACUCCUCAGUAAAAGGCACAUGACAUCCCGCUUGGAGUUUGCCAAAAGACACCUAAAGACUCUCAGACCAUGAGAAACAAGAUUCUCUGGUCUGAUGAAACCAAGACUGAACUCGUUGACCUGAAUGCCAGGCGUCACGUCUGGAGGAAACCUGGCACCAUCCCUACUGUGAAGCAUGGUGGUGGCAGCAUCAUGCUGAGGGGAUGUUUUUCAGCGGCAGGGACUGGGAGACUAAUCAGGAUAGAGGGAAAGAUGAACAGAGCAAAGUACAGAGAGAUCCUUGAUAAAAACCUGCUCCAGAGCGCUCAGGACUUCAGACUGGGGCGAAGGUUCACCUUCCAACAGGACAAUGGCCCUAAGCACACAGUUAAGAAAAUGCAGGAGUGGCUUCGGGACAAGUCUCUGAAUGUCCUUGAGUGGCCCAGCCAGAGCCCGGACUUGAACCCGAUCGAACAUCUCUGGAGAGACCUGAAAAUAGCUGUGCAGCGACGCUCCCCAUCCAACCUGACAGAGCUUGAGAGGAUCUGCAGAGAAGAAUGGGAGAAACUCCCCAAAUACAGGUAUGCCAAGCUUGUAGCGUCAUACCCAAGAAGACUCAAGGCUGUAAUCGCUACCAAAGGUGCUUCAACAAAGUACUGAGAAAAGUUUCAGAAUACUUAUGUAAACUUUUUUUUAUUUUUAAUGCAUUUGCAAAAAAAUCUAAAAACCUAACAAACCCCAGGAAGAGUAGCUGCUGCCUUGGCAGGAACUAAUGGGGAUCCAUAAUAAACCCCAUGAAGAGUAGCUGCUGCCUUGGCAGGAACUAAUGGGGAUCCAUAAUAAACCCCAGGAAGAGUAGCUGCUGCCUUGGCAGGAACUAAUGGGGAUCCAUAAUAAACCCCAGGAAGAGUAGCUGCUGCCUUGGCAGGAACUAAUGGGGAUCCAUAAUAAACCCCAGGAAGAGUAGCUGCUGCCUUGGCAGGAACUAAUGGGGAUCCAUAAUAAACCCCAGGAAGAGUAGCUGCUGCCUUGGCAGGAACUAAUGGGGAUCCAUAAUAAACCCCAGGAAGAGUAGCUGCUGCCUUGGCAGGAACUAAUGGGGAUCCAUAAUAAACCCCAGGAAGAGUAGCUGCUGCCUUGGCAAUAGGGAUCCAUGAUAAAUAUAAAUACAAAUAUGUAUUGGGUAUUAGUAUUAUAUAUAUAUGUAGUAUAUAGUAAUAUAUAUAUAGUAGAGUAGCUAUAUUGGGUAUUAGUAUUAUAUAUAUAUAUAUAUAUAUAUAUAUAUAUAUAUAUAUAUGUAGUAUAUAGUAAUAUAUAUAGUAAAGUAGCUGUAUUGGGUAUUAGUAUUAUAUAUAUAUAUCUAGUAUAUAGUAAUAUAUAUAGUAGAGUAGCUGUAUUGGGUAUUAGUAUUAUAUAUAUAUAUAUAUAUCUAGUAUAUAGUAAUAUGUAUAGUAGAGUAGCUGUAUUGGGUAUUAGUAUUAUAUCUAUAUGUAGUAUAUAGUAAUAUAUAGUAGAGUAGCUGUAUUGGUAUUAGUAUUAUAUAUAUGUAGUAUAUAGUAAUAUAUAUAGUAGAGUAGCUGUAUUGGGUAAUAGUAUUAUAUAUAUAUGUAGUAUAUAGUAAUAUAUAUAGUAGAGUAGCUGUAUUGGUAUUAGUAUUAUAUAUAUAUGUAGUAUAUAGUAAUAUAUAUAGUAGAGUAGCUGUAUUGGGUAUUAGUAUUAUAUAUAUAUAUCUAGUAUAUAGUAAUAUAUAUAGUAGAGUAGCUGUAUUGGGUAUUAGUAUUAUAUAUAUGUAGUAUAUAGUAAUAUAUAUAGUAGAGUAGCUGUAUUGUGUAUUAGUAUUAUAUAUAUAUCUAGUAUAUAGUAAUAUAUAUAUAUAUAGUAGAGUAGCUGUAUUGGGUAUUAGUAUUAUAUAUAUGUAGUAUAUAGUAAUAUAUAUAGUAGAGUAGCUGUAUCGGGUAUUAGUAUUAUAUAUAUGUAGUAUAUAGUAAUAUAUAUAGUAGAAUAGCUGUAUUGGGUAUUAUUAUUAUAUAUAUGUAGUAUAUAGUAAUAUGUAUUAGUGAGUGAACUACUAGUACAGGCUGUGUUUCAUUGAAACAGUUGAUUGAAACAGUUGAUUGAAACCUUCUGUAAAAAAACACAAUCCUAAAUAAUUCCUAGUUUCAUAACAUAACGUUCACAAUGGACCCUGUAUGACCUCUGUGACUUCUCCCCCUGACCCCAGGCAUGGACCUGUCGGCCAAUCAGGACGAGGAGGGUGACCAGGAAGUGUUUCAGGUGGAGAUGAGUCGCGAGACAGGAAACAGGAAGAGUGCGUUCCGGACCGCUGCCGGGAAGUACUGGACCCUCACCGCUACCGGAGGACUGCAGUGUACUGCCUCCACUAAGUAAUACACUAUACACACUACACACUACACACUACACACUACAUACUACACACUACACACUACACACUACACACUACACACUACACACACACAGCAAGUAAUACACACUACAACCACACACACACACCCUCCCUGCCACUCAGAACCUCUUAACGAAAUAUGUUAUUUUAACUGUGUGUGUGUGUGUGUGUGUGUGUGUGUGUGUGUGUGUGUGUGUGUGUGUGUGUGUGUGUGUGUGUGUGUGUGUGUGUAGGUCAGCUAACAGUCAUUUUGAUCUAGAGUGGCGUGAGGGGAAGGUUUCUCUCAGAGCCUCUAACGGGAAAUAUGUUGCUGCCAAGAGGAACGGACAACUAGCUGCAACCAUCGACAACGCAGGUUAGUCUGUCACCAUGGAUACCACUAACGUAACCAUGGAUACCACUAACGUAACCAUGGAUACCACUAACAUAACCAUGAAGACCACUAUCAUAAUCGUGGAUACUGUUACCAUAACCAAUCUCAUUACCAUAACCAAUCUCAUUACCAUAACCAAUCUCAUUACCAUAACCAUACAUGCUGUAACUAUGGCCGCAGCGGCCAGUGAAUCUUAUCAUUUCAUAGUUGCAUCAAUGUUCCUUAUUAUUGAAAUAACUGUCAAUUAAACAAUCAAUCAACUAACUGAUCUGAUCAAGACACAAACCUAUUAAUUAACUUAUCAACCAAUCAGCUAAUCAAUCAGUGUGAUCUGUUUUCUGUUUGGCUCCAGCGGAGGCGGAGCAGUUCCUGAUGAAGCUGAUCAACCGGCCAAUCAUAGUCCUCCGUGGAGAACACGGUUUCAUUGGCUGUCGCAAGGUUGGCACGGGAACGCUGGAUUCUAACCGCUCCUCCUACGACGUCUUCCAGCUGGAGUUUAAAGAUGGCGCCUACAGCCUCCGAGGUACACACACACAAGUGUACACAUGAGUGUAUAAAACAUUAGGAACACCUGCUCUUUCCAUGACAUAGACUGACCAGGUGAAAGCUAUGAUCCCUUAUUGAUGUCACUUGAUAAAUCCACUUAAAUCAGUGUAGAUGAAGGGGAGGAGACAGGUUAUAGAAGGAUUUUUAAGCCUUGAAACAAUUGAGACAUGGAAUGUGUGUGUGUGCCCUUCAGAGGGUGAAUGGGCAAGACAAAAUAUUUAAGUGCCUUUGAACGGGGUAUGGUAGUAGGUGCCAGGCGCACCGGUUUGUGUCAAGAACUGCAACGCUGCUGGGUUUUUCACGCUCAACAGUUUCCCGUGUGUAUCAAUAAUGGUCCACCACCCAAAGGACAUCCAGCCAACUUGACGCAACUGUGGGAAGCAUUGGAGUCAACAUGGGCCAGCAUCCUUGUGGAACGCUUUCGAACACCUUGUAGAGUCCACGCCCCGACGAAUUGAGGCUGUUCUGAGAACAAAAGGGGGGGAGGGGGUGCGACUCAAUAUUAGGAAGGUGUUCCUAAUGCUUGGUAUAAUAUAAUAUAUAUCUAUAAUAAUCUAUAAUAAUCUCCAUCUCCCUCCUCUCUAGACUCACAGGGGAAGUUCUGGUGCGUGGGCGAGGAGUCCGCAGUGGUGUGCAGCGGGGACACGCCCACUUACUUCCUGUUUGAGCUGUGUGACUACAACAAGAUGGCGGUGCGGGCGCCGGGGGGGCGGUACCUCAAAGGAGACCACGCCGGGGUUCUGAAGGCCAACGCUGAG